AUGGGGUUGUCUUUCAGUAAGCUGUUCAGCAGAUUGUUUGCAAAGAAAGAGAUGCGAAUUCUUAUGGUAGGUCUCGAUGCGGCUGGUAAGACCACUAUAUUAUACAAACUCAAGCUCGGUGAAAUCGUGACCACCAUUCCUACAAUUGAUUGGACAUUGUGUCUUCUUUCUGUGCCUAUUUUGAUUGGUUUCUUAUGUUAUAACGGUCACAUUAUCCGACCAUUGUGGAGGCAUUACUUUCAGAACACUCAAGGGUUGAUAUUCGUGGUUGAUAGUAAUGAUCGUGAUCGUGUUGUUGAAGCUAGGGAUGAACUUCAUAGGAUGUUGAAUGAGGAUGAACUUCGGGAUGCAGUGCUUCUUGUAUUUGCAAACAAACAAGAUCUUCCAAAUGCUAUGAAUGCUGCUGAGAUUACUGACAAGCUUGGACUUCACUCUCUCCGUCAGCGCCAUUGCCAGGCAGGCUCCUGA